AGUAUAUAAAUUUUAAAGUAAUGUUAUUACAUAUGAUACAUAAUUAAAAUAUAAAUAAAUUUUAAACAUAAAAUAUUAUAAAUAUAAAUUAGAUUUUUGAUAGUAUUAGUGGCUUUUAUCGGUUUAAUAACUUUGAAAUCCAAUCCAUCGACGUGGUCGGUUCAUGGUCGAACUAAUUACUGGACCCAACUCGGCUAUAUAACCGGUUCAUGGUCGAACCCGGUCCAACCAUCGGGUUGGUCCGGUUUUAAAAACAAUGUAUAAAAGUCAACAGAUCUAUGAUAUUUCCUUUUCAUAUCACAAAGCAAACUUGUCCUACGUACUCAAAUAAACACAAGAACACACCUAACGAAAGAAACUCAACCUUUUCCCACAAUACUACCAUGUUUAGAGCCAUGAGCACAAGAAAAAUCCACGGCGGCUACGAAAAGCUCAUGGAAGAAGAACCGAUAUUAAAGAAGGGCACGAGCGUUCCGGCUAGUGUUUAUGGUAAUUCAAGAAACCCGGUUCAAGAUGCGAAGACGCCGACGUCAAAACCAACAGGUGGUUCUGUUCAUCAUUUGCUAAAUUUAUUCAAUGUUCGUUUUCAGAGGAAGAAGAAGAAGAAGAAACCAACCGGUGGUUCUGUUCAUCCUUUGCUAAGUUUAUUUCGUUUUUAGAGGAAAAAGAAGAAGACGAAGAGUAAGAAGAGUUUGGCUACGGCGAAACCGGAGUUUGCAAGGUAUAUGGAGUAUGUGAAGGAAGGAGGUGUGUUGGAUCCAAAUUCUAACGCACCUGUGAUUCAUUACAGAUAGAAUCAAUGAAGGAAGGAUGAAUAAAGACGUUCUAUAUUGUUUUAUAUAUAUGUAUGAGGGGGAAAAACCAUUGUGAAGGAUCCAACAUGUAAUUCGGUUGUUAAGAACCAUCAUGAGUCCUAUAUUUUGUUUCUAAAGAUA